GGACACGUUGCCCCGGGUUAAGAUCAUGGCGGGGAAGGGCUGCCUCAGCCUCAUCAAAUAUUUCCUCUUUGUCUUCAACAUCUUCUUCUUCGUCCUGGGCAGCCUCAUAUUCUGCUUCGGGCUGUGGAUUCUCGUGGACAAGAACAGCUUUGCCUCCUUCCUGGGCAUGUCCUUCACGCCGCUGAAAAUGUGGUCCUAUGCCAUGGCGAUCUCUGGGGUCUUCACGGGCGUCCUGUCCUUCCUCGGCUGCCUUGGCGCCCUCAAGGAGAUCCGCUGCCUCCUUGGCCUCUACUUUGGUCUUCUGCUGUUGCUGUUUACCGCCCAGAUCACCAUCGGAGUCCUCAUCUACACCCAGCAUGGCUCGCUGGAGCGGAAGGUGAAGCUUAUCGUCCUGGACGUUAUCGAAAAUUACCACAAGUACCCAGACGCGUACAGCACGGCCGAGAACUGGGAUUUCGUGCAGUUCCAGCUUCGCUGCUGCGGCUGGGACUCUCCCCAGGACUGGUGGCUGGCGUCCUCCCUUCGGCCUAAUGGCUCGGCCCCCAGCGGCGGGGAAAGAACCGUCACCUCCUCCCCGACCACCCGGAGCAGCGAUUUGGUGUCCCCGAGCCGUCCGCUGGAGCCGGUUCCACGAGUGCCCUGCUCCUGCCAGAACACGUCGGUGAUCAUGGGCGCACCCCCGAGCCCCGCGGAGGUCUCCAAAGUCAACCAGCCUGCCCCCGGGCCUGGCGCCAAGGCCAGCAGGGUCCUGCCCGGUCCGGGCGUCCCCGGGACCGCUACCCGGCUGCACUCGGGCGAGCUGUGCUCCCUGCCAGCGGAUAGCUCAGUUUACCAGGAGGGCUGCUCUCGGAGCCUCUACACGUGGCUGCACAACAACCUCAUCUCCAUCGUGGGCAUCAGCUUGGGCCUGGGGCUGCUCGAGCUCGGGGUCAUGUCGCUCUCGAUGUUUCUCUGCAGGAACCUGGAUCACGUCUACAACAAGCUCUCGCGAUACUCUUAGACAGCUCCCACCCUACCUGAGACCCCAACUCCUGUCCCCAGGAGACCUUAUUCUCUUGCCUGAAAUAGCCACAUCCUCUCUCCCAUGUUGCUCUCCUCCAGCUCACGCUGGAGAGCUGCCCCAAAGGAGAAAUCUAGGCUUCUUGUUCUCCCUGCUCCCUUUCAGGCGGGGGAGCCUGGCACCUUGUUUCCCAGCAUCCAUCCCUCUCACUUCUUGAGCCAACCAGGUCCUUUCCCUGAGCAUCUAGGAGGCUCCCCAGGCACCCAGUAAUAUUCUGUCCCCCACCUUCCCUGUCUUCCUAAGGAUCCUCCAGAUCAUGCUGUCUUUGAGUGCCUCCCCCAGCAUUCUGUCCCCAACAGGGAUGGAAGCUGGAUGACUAAUAGGGUCCUACUCUAAAUCCCAAGUCUCUUGUACUCCGCUCUGUUUUCUUCCCACCCAGCAUCUUCUUUAUUGCUGAGUCUGAGCCCCAGAACUCUCUUCUCUGCCACCCUCUCCACUUAGCAUCCCAGCCCCUUCUCCUGUCUUCCCCCAGUUACUUUAGUGGCCACCAUAGCAGGCUCCACCUCCCCUCCCGCCGGCCCCCUCACCUUCAUCUUCUUGCUGUGGGCUACCAUAUUCUCUUCUUCCUGGAGGUCUCAACGUUCUGUCCAGGCUGCCCUUUUUUCCUUCCUUUCCUGGGUAAUGUGGCUUCUUAUCCCCCAGUCUUUUCUCCUCUUCUCUGAGACCCUGGCAUCCUACUCUCUAGCUCCUUUUCUCCUUAUCUCCUCCACCCCUUUGUUGUGUCCUGUCUCCCUUUCCCUCUCAGGGACCCCAUUAUUCUGUCACCUAGAUGGACCCUCUUCUCCCUCCACUCCCAGUGGCCCAUCCUCUGGGACCUUUAGCCUCCUGGUGAUUCUAGCAUCCUCCCACACAGCCCAUUUUCUUAGCUUUUCAUUUGUCUUACUUUUCACAUCUCUUUCUGUCCAAUAACUUUGAGCUCUGGGUAAGAAAUAAAAAUCAUUAAAUUUGCUGGUAAAA